CAACCUGCUCCGGUCCAACAUGGCUCCGCGGUUGUGCAUCAUCUCUGCAGCAGCACGGCGGCUAUUCACGAAGCCGAGACCCCGUGCUGGGGACCUCGCGGCUGCGGGUGCUGUGCGCUUCUAUUCCAAGGACAGUGAAGGAAGCUGGUUCCGUUCGCUCUUCGUCCACAAGGUGGAUCCUCGGAAGGAUGCCCAUUCCACUCUGCUGUCCAAGAAGGAGACUAGUAAUCUCUACAAGAUCCAGUUACACCUAUGGCGGUUCUCAGGUGGCUACCCGGCCCUCAUGGACUGCAUGAACAAGCUAAAAAACAACAAGGAGUACCUGGAGUUCCGGAAGGAACGGAGCAAGAUGCUGCUGUCCAGGAGAAACCAGUUGCUUCUGGAGUUCAGCUUCUGGAAUGAGCCACAGCCCCGAGCUGGCCCCAACAUCUAUGAGCUGAGGACAUACAAACUCAAGCCAGGAACCAUGAUUGAAUGGGGAAACAACUGGGCUCGGGCCAUCAAGUACCGUCAGGAGAACCAGGAGGCGGUGGGAGGCUUCUUUUCACAAAUAGGAGAGCUCUACGUGGUACACCACUUAUGGGCCUACAAAGAUUUGCAGUCUCGGGAGGAGACUCGAAAUGCGGCCUGGAGAAAGAGGGGCUGGGAUGAAAAUGUCUACUACACGGUCCCCUUGGUUCGACACAUGGAGUCACGAAUCAUGAUUCCUCUGAAGAUUUCUCCUCUCCAGUGAGGCUGACACUGCCUCCACCUCCUUCCCUUUCUCCUGUGGACUAGCCUGGAACGGAGGCGCUUCUAGGCCGCCUGGCACAGUUUUCUCUCAACUCUGGAAGACUUCUGAUGGGUGGUGUUCAGCUUCGACAAAGAUGACGUUUUCUGAGAACUUUGUCCGUCCGUACCCAGCCAACCUCUCUCCCAUGCUGGAUGAAGAAGUUCUUAACUUCCCUAACUGCAGAAUAGCAACCUUUUAAGCUUUCACACACUUUCCUCUUAAGAUCCGUCAUCUCCAGGACAUAAGUCCCCAGCUCCCAACUGUGGCCAUGGCUUAGUUGCAUAAAAGCGGGCAUGACUGGCUGUUAGGAGGUACGGUGUGAAAGGGUAUCAGUCCAGGUAUGGCCCGGGAACUCUCUGGUGUCUACUUGUUAAAAAAGCAAGCCUGAGCCUUUUAAAAAAAAAAAAAAAAAAAAAAAAAAUCCUGGAACUGCC